AUUGUAUUCUGUUUUCAUUUGUGCAUGGUUUAUUCUGUUAUAUUACUCUUUGUUUACAUUUUUCGUUAGGUGUGUUUAUUGUUGUCUCUCUCUCUCACAUCGCACCAGAGGGUGUUGCCUACGCGUUUGCGUGGCAUCGUUGUUUACAGUCUCGUUGAAGUUUUUAUAGUCAUGCACAUUGUAAUAUGACGCGGGUCGUGUACGGUGUGGGAGAUGUUGUCUCUAAUCACGCUUCUCAUGACCCCUCCGGCAUGUUUGGUGAAGAUCAUGAUGCUGUUUUAGAGGACGGAGCGCUUACGGCUUCUAGUGUAGAAUCUGAUCGGUCGAGUUCAUUGGCUGGUAGUGCAUUGGUGGUUCAUGAUGAAGGCGGUGUUAUAGACUCUGGUGAGGAGCCUGCUGUUGCUUACGAGGAGAAAGAGGGUGCAUUGGUCGAUGAUAUAGUAGGGUCUAGUAAGGGAUGUGCCGAAUGUGGCGUUCAAUUAGGUCCCUUUUUAUCAUGUGGAAGUUGCGAUUUGCUUUAUCAUAGCAAGUGUUUAAUGCAAUGCUUCUUACCGGCUAAUGAAGGUGUAUGGAAGUGCCCACAGUGUAAAUGGCGCAUGAUCAAUGCUGGUGAGAUGCCAUUGGAUACCACACUUCAUCAAAGUGACUUAUCAGAUGAAUCUCCUGCUGGAUACGACCAGGGUGCAUCACCUGUUCCUAAUGACGACGUAUCGGAUGAGGCUAGUGUCCACGGUAAGGAGCCGCGUGUAAAAUCGGGACGUUCUGGUGCCAGUCCUUCUCGCGAUAGCGGUUCAGAAAUUUUGGAGCGUAAGCGUAAGAAGCCUGUAUCUGAGGGUUCAAACUUCCAAACCAAGAUCAAUGUAGGCUAUAAUCAUCAGGUACCAUUUACUCCUGCAUUCUUCUUGGACGACUCCCUGGGUCCACAACCUGAGACUCAUGAGUGGGCUCGUUUGAUGUAUUCUCCAUAUCACUUGGAGAAGAUUCGUGCUCGUAGGACCCAUGAAGGAUGCCAUGACGCUGUGGUUAAAAACGAGUUUGAAUUAGCUGAAUUUAUCCAGUUAUGUGCUCAGAAUUGGAAGAACAAUCCAGGUUGGCAUCCAUUUUCUCCUGAAUUUGCCUACAAGAUUCUCCAUUUUGCUGACUAUGACCCAAAGAAGGCUUUAAAGGUUAUGAACGACCCCAACUUUAACUUUUCCUGUGUAUGUGACCCACCUACUCGCCGUUAUGAUAACAAGUGGAAGCCCAAAGAUCGCCGUGGUCAGGUUCCUACGAGUCCCUACCCGCCACCUGUUACGUUGAGAGGCUAUUUGUUGCGCAGACAUGACGCAUCUAGGUAAUGUAAAGUCGUAAUACGACUGGUUUUGUUUACAAUAAUCACAAAA